GGAGCGCGGCCGGGCGCUGCGCCGAGCUGUAUGAAAACCCCUGGACGAUCCCUAAUAUCCUGUCGAUGGCGAGAAUGGGUUUGGCGCCGGUUUUAGGCUACUUGAUCGUUGAAGAAAACUUCAACGUUGCGCUCGGUGUCUUUGUUUUGGCUGGCAUUACGGAUCUGUUGGAUGGAUUUAUUGCACGGAACUGGGCUAAUCAGAAAUCAGCUCUGGGAAGUGCUCUUGAUCCUCUGGCUGACAAAAUUCUCAUCAGUGUGCUCUAUGUCAGCCUAACUUGUGCAAAUCUUAUCCCAGUUUCACUUACUUCCAUGAUUAUUCUGAGGGAUGUAGCGCUCAUUGCUGCUGUUUUUUAUGUUCGAUACAAAACUCUUUCUCCACCGAGAACACUCAGUAGGUAUUUUAACCCCUGUUAUGCUACUGCCCAAUUAAAACCAACCUUCAUUAGCAAGAUGAACACUGCGGUUCAUCUAAUUUUGGUGGCAGCUUCUUUAGCAGCUCCUGUUUUCAAUUACGUGGACAGCAUAUAUCUGCAGACGUUAUGGUGCAUCACAGCUCUCACAACGAUAUCAUCUGCAUAUAGCUAUUACCACUAUGGCCGAAAAACGGUUCAGGUGAUAAAUAACAAAUGAAGUAUUACUGAAAGGACCGUGUCUUGGCAGCAUGGUUUGCUGUACUGCAGAAGAUGGUUGUAAUGACUGGGUUUUGGAUAAAGAACUCUGUUUUUCCCGCUUAAACCAUGGCAUCACAAUGAAAUGAAGUUUGAAUAUGUAUUGUGUAUAUAUAUAGAGAGAGAGAGAGAGAGACUUUUCAAUGUAUUUUUAAUUUGUUUAAAAAUAAGAUUGUUUACAAAACCAAAUAAAUAAUAUACUUAAAGACAGGUUACUGGUCGCUACCAUGUGCAUUUGGAAUAAUUCUUACUGUUUUCAGAAGUUAGAAAUAAGCACUUUUCACCAGCUUUUUCUGCAAGGCAGUGAAUAGACUGAGAUCAGAGUAGAAAAAGCAUUUUUCAGAACAACUUUGUCUUUGUGCCUCAACCUAAGUCAGUAAAAGUAGCGUUGCUUGUUAGGACCUAUGACCUACUUCAGCUUGCUGCAGAAGACGACGUAUCGUCAAGAAAUAGUAUCUUCAGAAAUUUGAACUGGAAUGAUAGCAAGUUUUAUUCAUAUUCUGUGGUGAUACAGAUAAUCCACAUAAGUUACAUUCCCUCUUCCUUUCUUUUUAAAGAAGUUAACUGUACUCAUCGAAGAAGAGUUUGAGUCUCAGAAUGGUUGGCUGUGCCAUGAUGAGUCUGUACCCAAAUUAGAUAUGGAGGUGUGUUCCUCUUACUAGACUGUUAAUUUCUAGUGACUGGAAAAACAACUGUAUCUCCAGUUUCUUUAAAGCUUCUAAAGAUGCUAUUUAAUGCUCUUGGAGAAGAAGGACAUUUUAAGUAUUGUGCAAAUUAAUGUAAAUGUUGGAAGAAUCUUACAGAUGCACGUCCUGUUAAAUUUUUCCUGUACCUCUAACUUCAGAAGGUCUACUGUGAUCCCACUCUGACAACUCACUUGCAUUCUUUGCCUGUUCUCUACUCACAGAAAGGUACGGAAUAAGGAACUAGGCAGAACAGAUCAUGUU